AUGGCCUCCGAAGAGCCUCUCGAGAAGACGUUCAAGUCCCCGCAAGUCACUGCGGAUUUUGAGAUCGAACAAGGGCGUUUUGACGAAGUAGAGCCCGAAGAAGAGCAAGAAAAAACCGAAUAUGGCUAUGAAUCAGAACACUCGCCUUUUCCUGAAGUACGCGCCGUCGUCCCUGAAACGGACGAUCCAAGUAUGCCCGUCAACACGUUUCGCAUGUGGGUUCUUGGGUUCAUCUUCACCAUAGUGGGAUCCGGCAUCAAUCAGUUCUUCUCGCUACGAUAUCCCUCAGUCCAUAUUGUGUCACUAGUCGCAGAGUUACUGGCCUAUCCAUGCGGUGUCUUCCUUGCCAAAGUCUUGCCCCUAUGGACUAUUAAUCUGGGAUGGCUGGGGACUUUCACCCUUAAUCCCGAUCGCGAGUUCAACAUCAAAGAGCACGCCCUGAUCGUGAUUAUGAGCAAUGUCUCGUUUGGCUAUGGAAGCGCAGACUCGACGAACAUCAUCCAAGCAUCCAGCGCCCGGUUCUACAACUUCGGUCUGUCAGCCGGAUUCUCCGUCCUGGUGGUUCUCUGCGCACAAUUACUGGGACUCGGGGUGGCUGGCCUGGCUGCUCCAUGGCUCGUCGAACCUGCAAAAAUCAUCUGGCCCCAGGUAUUAUCCAACUGCGCCAUGCUGGAGACUCUCCAUAAGCGCGGAAACACCCUCGCCAACGGUUGGAAGAUCUCCCGUCUGCGCUUCUUCCUCUACGUGACCGCAGCCGGCUUUGUGUGGUACUUCUUCCCAGGCCUGAUGUUUACUGCGCUCUCAUACUUUACCUGGAUCUGCUGGAUUGCGCCUCGCAAUGUGGUCGUGAAUCAGUUAUUCGGGAUGCAAACAGGCUUGGGAUUGAGUCCUAUCACCUUCGAUUGGAGCCAAGUCGCGUACAACACCAACCCUCUCCUGUCCCCAUCAUGGGCGGCAAUCAACGUCUUCGCCGGAUUUGCCAUCUUCUUCUGGAUUGCCGUGCCUGGAAUCUACUACACCAACACCUGGUUCACGGCCUAUCUUCCCCUGAUGACUGCAGACGUCUACGAUCGAACUGGCUCGGAAUAUGACACAGCCCGUGUCAUCAGUGCAGACAACACUCUCGACGUUGAAGCGUACAGGAAAUACUCCCCCCCAUACCUACCGGCAACCUAUGCCUUCGUCUACGGGCUAUCGUUCGCCUCCAUCACCGCCGUCCUCACCCACAUCGGUGUUUGGCACGGGAAGGAAGUCUGGGCUGCCCUGAAGGGCAAGAACAAGCUGGACAUACACGCCCGACUGAUGAAAUCCUACAAGAAGACCCCCUGGUACUGGUACGCCGCCAUCAUCGCAGUCAUCACCGCCAUCGCCAUCGUCAUGGUCGAAGUCUACCACACCGACCUCCCCGUCUACGGCGUCUUUCUGGCUCUCAUCAUCCCCGCUAUCUACAUGAUCCCUUGCGGAAUUAUCCAAGGCAUCACCAACGUCGAUGCCAACCAACUGAACGUCCUCGCCGAAUUUGUCGGCGGCUACAUGUUCGAGGGCAAGCCCCUCGCCAACAUGAUCUUCAAGAUCCUCAGCACCGACGUCGUCGGUCAGGGUGUCUACUUCGCCAUGGACAUGAAACUCGGCCAUUAUCUGAAGAUCCCCCCGCGCACACUCUUCAUGGCCCAAGGCCUCGCCACCAUCCUUGGGGCUCUGACCCAAGCUGGCGUCACCAUCUGGAUGCUUGGCCACAUCACAGACAUUUGCUCUUCCUCCCAGUCCGACGGCUUCACCUGUCCCAAUGGCCGAACCGUCUACUCCUCAUCUGUCAUCUGGGGCCUGGUUGGUCCUCGUCGUCUCUACUCCGCCGGUCGCAUUUACUCCUCCCUCCUCCAUUUCUUCUGGAUCGGUGCCAUCGCCCCACUAGUCACCUACUUCCUCUACAAAUACACCCGGCAGCGCGUCUGGAAGUACAUCAACUGGCCCCUCAUCUUCGUUGGAACCUACAACGUGCCUCCAGCAACCGGAAUCAACUACUCCAGCUGGGCCCUCGUAAACUUCCUCUUCAACCACAUCAUCAAGAAACGGUUCUUCCCCUGGUGGAAAAAAUACAACUACAUUCUCGCCGCCGCGCUGGACACCGGUCUGGCCCUCAGCGGCAUCGUCAUCUUCUUCUGCAUCUCGUACCCUGGCGCCGUGUUCCCCAAUUGGUGGGGGAAUACCGUUUACCUGAAUACCGCGGACGGGGAGGGGUUGCCGUAUAAGUCGAUGCCUGAGGUUGGGUACUUUGGGCCCGCGAAUGGGACGUGGAGUUAG